CCAAAAUGAAAUGAAACGAAAGCCACGGCCACGGGGGGGUGAAUAUUCACUAUUGAUCCGAGUAAGAACAUUCAUCCGAGACGGACCCCAAAAUCUCAAUCUGGCGUUUCGGCUUUUGGACCUGAAACGUCAUGGAGUUGUGGAUCAGCUUAAUGAACGAGUGCCUGGGUCUGGACAUGUGUGUGGUGAGUCUAGACCCAGGUGGUGCGUGGAACGGAGAAUGAAACGUGGGAUGCCAAUGUAUUGGCUAUUGGCUCAUUUGCCAGCACUGCACGAAUGAAGGAUAAUCGCGGCCAAUGGAGUAUGAAAAGUUCUCCGUCGCCACGCCUUCAAUACCGAUUGACUGACCCGGCAGUUUCACCGUUCACCGUAAGACUCCAAAAGAAGGGGCGGUGUGGGGUAAGCGUCAGUGGACUUGUCACUUUGAGUGACGGUACAGACUGCGCUUUGAUGUGUCCAACCUCAAUCCGUUUCGAAGCGGGUGGCCAAACGUGGGACCCAUCUCCUCCUUGUAGAUUCGCUCGCCUCGCCCGCUUCGACGGCUAAGGGGUAGAGAGACCUGGAUACACAAGUUGCAUAGUUGUUAGUCCUCAGAUUCAUGUCUAUGUCUAGGCGCUCGCCUCGCCUCGCCUCGCCUCGCCUCUGUACCAUAUACUUGAUACUUCUCAGGUCCAUACCAACUGCAAUACCUCAUAAACCGUGCUCUCCCACGCUCCAA